AUCUCCCCCUAGCCUACUGUGGCACAUGCGUAAUUAGUCCAUAUUGUGUCAGUCUGUUAAACACAGCUCACACCCUCACAGGCACAUAAUUAAAUGUAUGUUUUAAAGUACGCAUUUAGCUCUCUCUGUAGCCUUAUAUAUUGGUAAUGUUAUUACAAUAAUCAUUAUUAUGAUGACUGCAAAAGUGGUGGUUGUAAACUGUAAGAAUUUCUUUACUUUUUAGAAAUGAUGAUCUUCCCUCUGGAAUCAUUUGGAGAUGUGGUGUCUGGCAAGAUUCCAAUUCUCUGUUGUAAGACGAGAAUAACUUUGAAGGUGGGCAGGGCAGGGCAGGUACAGGAGUUUAUAGGGAGAGGGGGAGUUGCUUUCCCUGCAAACGAGUUUCCCUAAAUCUUUUGCUCACGGGUCCCGUGCCAGGAGUUCAAGUAUUGUGGCCCGGUUUACUAUUCUGCUUGUUCUUGGAAAACAGCGUCAGGGAGCAGCUGAGAGAGGCUUAACAUUUCAAACGUCUGGUGGUAGGCUGCAAAAGUUUCCACACUGAAAACACCGUCAUGUAGAAGCAGCAGCAGCAGCAGCAGCGGCGGCGGGCUGAAGCAGGACACCACACCUCACGGCUUGGUGUUCAAUAGGAAUUAGUUUGUUGUAAAGUUGUGGCGCGCAGCCUCUCUGAGCCCGGAAUCACUCUGUUAAUGCGUCGUUUUAUUUUCUGUCUGAUGGAAGCUGGUUUAUUUAAAUAAGGAGAACCUGUUGCUUGCGGCAGGUGCCGCAGUGUUGGGUUGUUAUUUCUUAAAUAUUAAUGGCUAUGUUUAAAAUGCGUGCGUAAAACACCACCGCCGCUGUAAUCUAUCAGUUCCCUUGAAUUUUUAAUAGGAACAUUUUGUCAGACGAAGAAUUUCGUUCAAAGUGUGAUUCUACUGUAAUAAGUAAAGAACGUAUGUUGAGGUAAAAUGUUUUGCGUAAAAGCUACCCAGCGUUGUUAGAAGUGCAUCACGGAUUGAAAGUGGGAUUCCAGUGCUCUUAGUCAUAGAUGUCCUCUCAGCUGGAAGGAGGCCUGCAGCUGGAGACUACAGCGAAACUUGAUGUGUUAAAGUCAGAGGAAGUUGUUGACUUGACGAGUCCUGACGGAUGCGCCGGGCAGCGUGGCUGCCGCGGGGACAGAGAAGGGGAUAAAAUGUCCCUGUCUCCAGAGCGCCAUCAGCAGAAACCACGCAAGAUGACCCGGAGCCCCAAAUGCGCCCGCUGUCGGAACCACGGCGUCGUUUCUUGUUUGAAAGGCCACAAACGAUUCUGCCGCUGGAGGGACUGUCGCUGUGCCUGCUGCCUGCUGGUGGUGGAACGGCAGCGCGUCAUGGCAGCGCAGGUCGCACUGAGGCGGCAGCAAGCUGCGGAGGUGAGAAGACCGCAAGGGCAGGGUAAAAGGGGGGUCAGGUGCGCAGCUCCAUUGCGGAGGACGGCGUAUCAGCGUUAUACCAGAGCAGCCGAGCCGAGCAUCCUGUCUAAGAGCAUCCUGCAGGGGCUCAAACCGGUGGUGCCGCUGGAGGAUGACACCUCCUGCUGGUCAAAGCAGACACAACGCGACCAAACACACUUCACGUGUCCCUCCAUGAGCGCCCGGAUGAGGAAGAGGCGAGCCUUUGCAGACAAGGAGCUGGAGAAUGUGAUGCUGGAGCGGGAGCUGAGACAGAGGGAGCUGCAGAGCGACCUUCCCUUCUCCUCCUCUGCCCUCGUCCCCGUGCUUCACCCCCCACCCCUGCCCGUCUCCCCGAGCCUUCACUGCUGUCUUCUCAACAAGGACCCUGCUGCUGCAGGGGCAUCCAGUUAUGUGCCUGUGUAUAAAUAUAAACCUCUGUACGAGUGUGACCUCCAGUUCUAUCAGUUCUUCCACCUAAAGAGUAGAUCCUCUGCAGAAGGUGACUAUAAUGACUUCCAAAUCUCAGAGCAAACCAGGGAGGAUGCAGAGGCGCAGAAUAGCUGGAGAGGCUGCGAGAAGAAAGAGCAACCAGAGCUGAUACCUUUACCAUCACAGCAAAGACUCAAACAUCAUGGCAGCACCUUGUCAGGUCUAGACCUUGUCAAAUCCGCCUCAGAAUCAACAGAAAUAAUGGACUUAAAUUGCUCUUCAACUGCCAGAUGCUCUAUUUCUGGAUCAGAUCAUAGUAUCCUGGGCGGGCUGGACGUCAGUGCACCCAGCAAGACUUUUGAUCCCAGACCUCUGACAGCGAAGGGCUGGUGCACAGACACUCCUGCAGACCAGGCAGGUGCUCAUGCCGACUCUGUCAAAAGCCCUCAUGGCAGCUCAGUCAGGACUCCAACUGUGAGGCCAUUACCUUUCUCUGUAGAGGCUCUGCUGAGGGCCUGACAGGCAAAUGGAAAGCGGAGUAGUACACUUUGUUUAUGUGCAGAUGUUGACUGAAUAAAUAUAAAAAUGGCUCGGUGUAAUACAGGUUAUGAAACACUUUUCUUGACAGGGGCUGGUUGAUAUAAAGUGGCAAUAGGUGAAAUAUUUAUAUUAAAAAACAUGAA